AUGGCCCAAGACACGAGCCCGCACGCGCCUACGCAGCGCGCCUCCACAACACAUCGCCCUGCCCAGUGGCGGUCGGCAUCCGAGCGGCCAAAGCCCUCGACCAAGCACUCGCUGCUCGGGAGGCUCCAGCAGAAGCAGCACCAUCGCGCCAAGGACCAGGUCCAGCUGGAGCGGUCGACCAUGAGCUUCGACCCCUACUCGUCCGCUUCCGAAUCAGACUCCGACUCGUCCUCGUCCUCGUCCUCGUCCUCGGAUGACGACACGCCCUUUCCCACCCGGAGCACAACGCGCGACGAGGCCACAACACGGCAGGAACGACGCGCGCGACGGCCCCCGAACCCCUUCUCGCGCCUCAAAGCCGGCAACGAGCACUUCAAGACCAAGGGACGGGUUUCCAAGGCAGACGGCCGUCUGAAGCUCAGCAUCCUCGAGGAAGAUGGCAAUGGCUACAUUGCAAAGGCCCUGGGCGCCGUCCUGAAGAAGCACACGGCGGGCGACGAGGACCAGACUGUCCGGAGGAUCAACGAGCACGCCGCUGGAGCCGCCAAGAUUGCGCCCGAGGACGACGAAAUGGAAAACGAUCCCGCACGACGCAUCCAUCUCAACGUCGUCAUCAUCAUCAUUGGCUCCCGAGGAGACAUACAGCCCUUCAUCCGCAUCGGCAAGAUUCUGCAGAACGACUACGGGCACCGCGUCCGCAUUGCCACCCACCCGGCCUUCAAGGACUUCGUCGAGAAGGAUGCCGGUCUGGAAUUCUUCAGCAUCAAUGGCAAUCCCGCCGAGUUGAUGGCCUUCAUGGUCAAGAAUCCUGGCCUGAUACCCAACAUGGACACCAUCAAAGACGGCGAGAUUGGUCGUCGCAGGGCGCAAAUGUACGAAAUGUUCCAGGGCAUGUGGCGCGCGUGUAUCAAUUGCACCGACGAUGACACGGACAGCACAAAUGCAAAAAUGUUGGGAGACAAGGCCCCGUUUGUAGCAGACGCUAUCAUCGCCAAUCCACCGAGCUUCGCACCACCUCAUAUUGCGGAGAAAUUAGGCAUUCCCUUGCACAUGAUGUUUACAUUUCCAUAUACACCCACUGUGCAGUUCCCACAUCCGCUGGCAAACAUCAAGUCCAGUAAUGUCGAGCCUACGUACAGUAACUUUAUAUCCUAUCCACUCGUCGAUAUGAUGACCUGGCAAGGCCUGGGGGAUCUUAUCAACCGCUUCCGGACUAGAGAUCUUCACCUAGAGGAGGUUAGCACGCUAUGGGCACCUGGGCAGCUGUACCGACUCAAAGUGCCAUACACGUACAUGUGGUCGCCAGGUCUUGUUCCAAAGCCAAAGGAUUGGGGGCCAGAAAUUGACAUCUCUGGCUUUACUUUCCUAGACCUCGCCUCGAGUUUUACGCCACCAGAUGACCUGACCGCUUUUCUGGACAAGGGCGAGCCCCCAGUGUACAUCGGGUUUGGAUCGAUCGUAGUCGACGAUCCUGAUGCCUUUACCAAGCUCAUCUUUGAGGCAGUCGAACUGGCUGGUGUGCGCGCGCUCGUGUCUAAAGGGUGGGGUGGCUUCGGGUCGAAUGCGGAUUGUCCUGACAACAUCUUCAUGCUGGAUAACAUUCCACACGACUGGCUGUUCCCACGUUGCAGCGCUGUGAUACAUCACGGAGGCGCUGGAACAACGGCCAUUGGCCUUAAGUGCGCCAAGCCGACCAUGAUUGUUCCUUUUUUCGGCGACCAGCCAUUUUGGGGAGCUAUGGUCUCCAAAGCCAAAGCAGGCGCUCAUGAGUGCAUACCAUACAAGAAACUUGACGCUGAGUGUUUGGCGAAAGGUAUCAAGCAGUGUCUCACGGAGGAAGCCAAAACGAACGUGAAGAAGAUUGCAGACAACAUCGAGGCUGAAGGUGACGGCGCUAUGAAUGCUGUACGCUCUUUCCACAGAUCGUUACCGUUGACCGGUGAGGCAAGCAUGCGCUGUGAUUUUCUCGACAAUCGCGCCGCCGCUUGGAAACUCAAGAAUACUAACGUCAAGCUUUCUGCACUGGCAGCCGAGAUCCUUGUAGAAAAGAAGAAGCUCAAGUGGAGCGAACUACGGCUCAUACGUCAUUACGAAUGGAAUGACUUUGGUGGCCCUGGAGAGCCUGUCACGGGUUUAUGGGGUAGCCUAGUUGGAACGCUGACAGAUGCAGUGACAGGCGUGGGUGGUGUACCUGUGGAAAUGGGCAAGAGCAUCAAGAAGAGGGAGAGGAUCUGGGAGAAGAAGCGCAGGAUACAGAAGCGUCAACAGCACAAGGAUGCCACUUUAGCAAAGGCAAACGCCGAUUUACCCAAUGCGACACACAGUACACACAACGACGCAUCCAGUACCUCAAAAGACAACACCUCAAAAAGCAAGACAAAAGAUAGCGCCAGUGACAAGAAGGGCGAUAACAAACGACCAAAACCUGAACGAGGGGAAUCAACACUGUCAACAAUUUCAGAACCUGAUGAAGAACUCCGCGAGGAACUGGCCCAUGAAGCAGCUUUCGGUUUCAGGAAAACAGGUCAUGCCAUAGCUCGUCUCCCCAUGAAUCUUACGCUUGCUCUUACGCAAGGCUUCCACAACGCACCCCGCCUCUACGGCGAUGAAACUGUCCGCCGUCCUCCUCGAGUCACAGGGUUUCAUUCUGGUAUGCGCGCGGGUCGCGAUGAACUUCUUUAUGGUGUCAUGGACGGCGUAUCUGGAAUUGUCACUCAACCCAUCCGCGGCGCGAAACAAGGCGGUAUGCUCGGUGCGUUGAAUGGCGUAGGUCUCGGUAUUGGUGGAUUCGUCCUCAAAGAUAUCGCUGCUAUCUUUGGGCCAUUUGCAUACACCAUGAAGGGUUUGGAUGCUGAGUACAUGAAAAAGUACCAACCCACAUCUUUCAUCCGUCGGGCCCGUAUCGCACAAGGACAAGUCGAAUUGCAGGCCCUCGAGCCUGGAAGCCGUGUUGCGAGAAUGCGAGAGGCGAAGAAACAAGGCUCAGACGAAGUGGAAGUGCAAGAGGAUGUGGAGCGUAAUAUCAAUGAGAGGUGGAAGGCUCUGCAAGAAGCUAUUGCGCAAGACAAAACCAACAACAGGACGGGCGUCAUGGGGUCUCUUUUGGGUAGAGGCGAGAAGAAAGAAGGCCAGCAUGUACCAAGGAAGAGCAAGUCUUUUCAGCAACAUGACGGAGGAACGGUGCACGAGGCCAUGACAAUGCCCGUUGCACCUGCGGAAGAGCAGUUCGCAAAGAACAAGAACAGUGUGGACAGUGCUAGAGCAAGAAAGAGCAUCGAUAGGUUUGAAGGUGCCAAAGGGUUGACCCGUAGCUCAACUGCGCCGAUCCGUACGAUGGAGACUUGGGAUAAACACGGCAACAAUUCUUCUGAUCCUGCCUCUCCACCAUCGAAGCAGCGGCUGAUCAGCGAUGGAAUACAAGAAGAAGCCGAGUCGGAGGGUUUGGGCAGUGGUCAUAUACUCGACGCGUCGAAAAAUCAAUCGGAUGACGAAAUCGCUUCCGGACACAAAGGCGAACACGGUGAUACCACCACAUCUUUUAUUCCUGGGACGUAUAUCGAUGACGCCCGGUCCGAGGAUACUGGUUCUGAUAAGACAAAGAUCGACAGUGAGCCUGUUCCCACAGAUUGGGUGUCUAUAAGGCAUAAAGCGGAGGCCUUGGGAAGUGGGAAGAGUGUAGGUGACGUUAAUGUUUAA